AUGGGUUCGAAGCUGAAUCCCAAAGGACUUGGUUUCCGAAUAACACUCUCCGCCUUCAUCAUCCUCUUCUACCGACUCGACGCUGUCGAGCCCUUCCAUCAGCACUUCUCCCUCCAGAACUACACCCUGCAGUAUCCAUACGCCGUCCACGAACGAAUACCCGUCACGUUCUUAAUUAUUAUAGCAGUCCUCGCCCCAGCCGUGAUCAUCGCCAUUUACACCCUCCUUAUCGAUGGGAUCUUUUCACAUCGGGAAAGUCGUAGCGGCGGAAAGAGGACGAGACCAUACACGUUCAAACAGAGGUUGUGGGAGUUGAACUGUGGGAUCCUCGGUCUCGGCCUGUCGGUGUCGGCCGCUUUUACCAUCACCGGGGCGCUCAAAAAUGCGAUUGGGAAGCCCCGUCCCGACCUCAUCGACCGCUGCCAACCCCCGCCUGGCAGCGUGGAUCCGCCCAUGUACGGGCUUUCGACCCACUCCAUUUGCACCCAGACCGACAACGACAUCCUGAAGGACGGCUUUCGCAGUUUCCCCUCGGGCCACAGCAGCAGUGCUUUCGCCGGUCUGUUCUACCUCUCAAUCUACCUCGCGGCCAAGUUGCACGUGUUGGACUCAAAGGGCGAGGUGUGGAAGUCGUUUAUCGUGCUCGUUCCCACUCUUGCGGCCGCGCUCGUUGCAGGGUCGAGGAUCAUGGAUGCGAGACAUCAUCCAUUCGAUGUGAUCACCGGGAGCAUGUUGGGAACGUUGACCGCCUGGGGUAGUUACCGCCAGUAUUUCCCACCGGUGAGCGAAACCUGGAGGAAGGGCCGGGCGUAUCCUAUCCGAUCGUGGGGAAAACAACCGAAAGCGCCGGAAUAUGCCCUCCGGGACGAGGAACGAGACUCGAACGAUUCUACUACGGCGUUGGACGGCGCCGCGCAUCUCGACACGCACGGAGGCAACGUGUUCCGAGCACAGAUCGACACCUCGCAGAGCGAAAGGAAUCGACGGAACGGUCUUCAGCAACGGAAGGGUUCACAGGAAGAGCCCGGCCUUCCAUACUACAACAGUCCAUCCAUCGACGUCACCCCGGCUUCUCCCAAAUCCGACGACCCAAACCGACAGCGAUCAUAUCGUUCCACCCAGCAAGAACUCUGGACCAGCGACGAUGAAACGGCGGAAGGGUACGAAUUGCGCGAGCAAGGACACCCCCCUGGACAUCAGCGUGCCCGUGGAGGUGAGACCAACGAAGAAGAAGGCCGGCAGGCAAGCACCGUGGAUCAUACUAAGGACAAACAGGAGUCUAUUGAGUCGCCGCAGAGGCGAUUUUCAUUCGAGCCAGCUCGGUAGUUCAAGGCGAUAAUUACAUACAAUCGUACACAUAAAAACUUUUCCUCCUCCUGCCCCCCUUCCGCGUCCGUCAUGUUACAUGAGGCCAACGC